ACGGUUUUUAUAGUUUUUUUCUUAGGAUCUCUAAAAUUUAAGGAAUUACUUUUUUAAUUUACUUAAAGAGACUGCUCUUACUCUUGAUGUUAAAACUAAUUUAUUAGUUUGUGUGGAAGAAUUCUCCUAGAAUAAUUUAUUUUCACAGUACAAGCUGCAAGAGAAAACCUCACCGCAGGUCAUUAGCAAAGCUCAGAGUGGACAGAGUUUCAAAAUCACCCAAAGGGACACCCAUCCCAGCACAGUUUUCCUUCCAAUCAUCUGGCGAGUUGCGCAUACUUACUGAAAAUGGGAUUCAAGUAUUUUUUCCAAUCGCCACCAGACUCAUCAGAUGAUAUUUUUGAGAAUCGUUUCAAUGAAUUCUACCAUGAUGUAUGUCUCACAGCAAACAGUCUGGAACGGAGAAUGGUUGAAUGUGAAAGCGGUGUCGACACAAGUUCCAAGCUAGUUAAUUUACAAGAUUUGCAGCAAUCCAUUAAGAAACUUAAGUGCGAAAUCGCAAAUCAUUCCUCUAAUGAAGAAGAACUCAAUGUCCGGACAAAAGAGCAUAAGUUAGCAGUUCUGCGUAAAGAGUUCGAAGAUGAAACAAACAGAUCAGCUCUUUUAAAAAAGAAAUGUGGGAUCCUUUUGGACUCGUGUUGUUCCAUAGAAUCUGAAAGAGCUUCAUUAGCUUACAAGACUCGUCAAAAACACAAUGCAUUCCUGAACGUAAUUAAGUAUUACUCCACUUUGCUCAAUUGUAGAAUUGUACCUCACUCUGACAACGUUUACCAAUUUCACUUUCUGAACUCAAAUGUCGCCAUCCGCCUGAGAAAGAAAGAAGAUCAUAUGGAAGUGGUAGGAUUUCAGCCAAAACUAAAUAUCGAAAAUGACAUAUGCCAGCACGUCAAGGAAACCAAGGAUUUUCAAGGGCUCGCAUCUCUUUUUCACUCUAUCUCCCAGUGACUCUUUAUAAUUUUCAUUUGUUUUUGACCAAAUAACAAUGAAUAAUAGUAUGUAUAUAAUUUUAUGGUAAAUUUUUAAAUUUUUCAAAUUUUAUUUAGUCGGAUUCAGCCAGUAAUUAACAAUUUUUGACAAUGUAUCAAUUAUUUUACCUGAGUUUCAAAUGACAGUAAUGUGUACUAAUUUCGUUGAUCACUCCGGUCAAGUACCUUCUUCAAUGGUUCAUAUCAAUAUGUACUUUGUUCGGUUUGAUGUACAUGUUCAGGCCAUUGAAAAUCUAUUA